CGUCGCUGUCGCUGUUGUUGCGCAUUCGAGACCGUCCCGCACGCGGUGCCAACAGUACGCGCCGUCACGCCGUCACGCAUAUUCCCAGAACGCCACCACCACUUGGAGCACGUCCGUCGGCGCGGUGCGAAACGCGGCCCGUCCGUCCGUCCGUCCGUCACGUCCCAAAAUAGCCGAACAGCCGAUUUUCGAUUUUUGCAAGUUCCGCUCGCGCGGUGCCGGUGUCGGUGCCAUCACACGGCCGUAUCGGCCCGAAGGACUGUGAGAGUUCCGUGUGCCAGUGCAAUUUUUGUCUAUAUGCUGUGACCUUGGUAUUUUUCGCUCGUAUCGUUCGAAAACUUGUUGUCAUGGUGGUUUAGGUGAGGAUCUACUACUACACAAUAAGUAUUUAAAAAUUCGCCAACUUAUCUGACGCGCAAAUCAUAUCAAUUUUAAAACGCGACAUUCGUUCGCUAUGGAAGAGAACGAACUAGAUAGUGUGGUGGAUGAGCAGGGGAUGCGAGAUGAGAAUAUCAAUAUAAGUGAUGUCAUUGAGGUUAUCGAGACAGACUUGGAAUUCAGAGAGGUCCCGGCCAGACCGGCCAGCCCCACCGCAACCGCAAUCAACAACGCGACUAUGUUCAACGGAGGCGGCGAGAUCUCCAACUACCAUCUACCGAAACAGCCCCAAACCGCAUCAACGUCGUCACGAUCGCAACGGGCGGGCUAUCGGAUCGAGAUAAUUGAACAGCCGGCACAGAAAGCCCUACGAUUUCGGUAUGAAUGUGAGGGUAGAUCAGCCGGUUCAAUACCGGGGGCGUCUUCGACCCCGGAGAACAAGACUUUUCCCGCCAUCAAAGUGGUGGGCGGCCCGCCCAGGAAGGCUGUUGUUGUGGUGUCCUGCGUCACCAAAGAUCAUCCCUACAGGCCCCAUCCCCACAAGUUGGUUGGACGGGAGGGUUGCAAAAGGGGCGUGUGCACGUUGGAGAUCCCACCGGAGACAAUGAGCGUUUCCUUUUCGAAUUUGGGCAUUCAGUGUGUCAAGAAGAAGGACAUUGAAGAAGCUCUCAGGGUUAGAGAGGAAAUUAGGGUAGAUCCUUUCAAAACCGGUUUCAGUCAUAGAAACCAACCCACAUCGAUAGACUUAAAUACGGUAAGACUGUGUUUUCAAGUUUUCCUGGAAAACGAAAAUCAAACAGGCAAAUACACCGUACAACUGGAUCCAAAAGUUAGUGAUCCAAUAUGUGAUAAAAAAGCCAUGUCUGAUCUCAACAUUGUCAUGCUCUCAGAUGCCGUCAGCCCUUGUAAUGGAGGCAAACUCGUCAUCCUUCUCUGUGAAAAAGUUGCCAAAGAGGAUAUCCAGGUACGCUUCUACGACGAUGCGGACGGUUGGGAAACGUUUGCCGAAAUCCAGCCGGCCCAGGUCCACAAACAGCACGCCAUCUGGUUCAAGACACCCGCGUAUAAACGGGUGGACAUCGUCGACAAGGUGCGCGUCCAGGUGCAACUGCGCAGACCAUCCGACGGCUCAGUCAGCGAUUCACGACCCUUCGAAUUCUGGCCCUUGAACUCAGGUAGACCUAGUUUUUGGACUUACAGGCGCCACAUGGCGAAAAAGGGUAACCUUUCGUUGUUGGAUAGUAUCUUAAGCGACAGUCCAAAGUACUCAAAAGACACAGAUAAGCCCCCUACUGAAACAGCUCCCGUACUUCCCCCAAAGCCCAACAUCUUACAAAGCAGAGAAACAAAUAUUCUCUUAGCGGAGCCUGUUACAAUUGUGCAGGAGCAACCGCAAGAAACUAUAAUACUGUCACCAGAACCGCAAACAGUUGCGGAACCUUGGGCCGAUUAUGCUGAGGUACAAAAGAUCAAGGAGAUCGCCCAAAACAAUAACAACAACAACACCGAGGAAAAAUCCUUCAACGAACUGAUAAAUCAAGUAGCCGAACUCGACGAGAUUUAUGCGGAUACGCAAGCACGACUGUUGAAUCAGGAUCUGACCAACGUUGAGAAACCAACGUUGGCUCAGAUACCUCAGAACGAAUCGUUCGACGACGCGAAAACCUACACAAGUUUGCAGCUGGCCUUUAAAAACCCCCUCGAAUUAGAACUGAGUCCGGAGCCCCCACUUCCACCAGUAAUCCCUCCGCACACACACAAACGCGAGAACCCCGACGAGAAAUUGCCGCCCCUACCGCCCAAACGAUCCAAAAAAAUAGAAACUUAUAUAGGCGGCAGCAUGACCAGUAUCCAACUAACCGGUAAACAAGCGGAAAAUUUGUUACACAGGUCCAAUUCCACCUUACGUGGAGUGCCUGUAAGCAGGUCGCAAUCCUUCAACCUCCACCGUCCCAAAUCCCAAGUCGAAGUGUUCGCAGACCCCAACAAACAACUGCCCCCAACUCCCAACUAUUCCACCUUGCCCAACCCAAAGAAACGCGGCUUCUUCUCCAAACUGUUCGGGAGAAAGAGCAAAACGCCUUCGGCGUCCCGAGAACCGAGUGUCACACCUUCGGCGCAAAGUAACUCGUUGGCCAGCUCGAAGUCGCUGCAGGUUCAGUCGAAUUUGGGCAAAAGUUCCGGGAACAUAUCCACCCAUUCGGCCAACAGUAUUAGAAUCCCGCUGAAAGACAGUACGGAAAACUUAUCGAAACCGGAGGUCAGUAAAGACGUGCCCGAGGACAUGGACAUGAAUCUGGACCUAACUGAGGCCGAACACUACGCGUUAUACACAGCCAUUGCGCCCCACGCCACCCAGAGCGAAUUCGACGAAAUGUCAUGUUAUUACGCCCCCGUUGAGGGCGGCAAAUUACUCACACAUUCGGAGGUUCUCGCCAGGCUCCAGAAAACUUAAAACAUAUCCAUUAUUUU